AUGGAUUCCAAAGACAAAAGUCUCAUUAAUGAUGAUAAGAGAAGUUAUCUUCUCUCAACUGAUGCAAACGAUUUAUCUUAAUAAUUGAACUUUUCAUCGUUAUGCAAGUUAAAGUCACACACAUAUUUACCAAAGUAGAAUAUAGACUCUCAAAUUAAUCGCAGAUUUGCAAAAGAAUUCGCUAGACUAGUCACUCUAAUGAAUAAGAUAGUUAGAAUAAUGGCUGAGAUAGAUCCAAUUGAUAGUUUUAAUUAAGAUAAGUAUGUCUAGAAAGAGUAACUACGCAUAAGUCAGCAGAUAUUAAAAGAAAAAGAGGACAAAGGAGAUGUAGAAAACUAGAAAACUAAGGCGAAGAAACAAAAAGUGGAGUAAAUUUCGCAGACGUAGGUAAAUAACUCAGAUGGACUGCUGGAUAGCCCAGCAAAGCAGCAAGAAAAGAAGGCAAAGCAAAUGGAGGAAAAGAAGAUCAUGCAGGAAAUGAAUCAAAACAAUAAGGAGAAACUAUCUUCUGAAUUUAAUUUGAUGACUGACACGCUUUUAGGCUUGAAGAAAAUCCUAGAGUCCAUCCCUAUUGAAAAUGAGUCAAAGGCUGGUGCUAACAAUAUCAGACUACAGUCUCUUUGGAAUUUUUACAAAAAAGACCUGCUAACUGAUCAUGAAACUGACUUUGUAUGUAAAAUGAAGACACCUAAGAUUAUUUUAAGUGAGGAAAAUUUAGGUAGUUUGAGAUAAAUAGAUCAAAUGUCUAAGAGUUUUCAGACUAUCAUUGACAAAGCAACUAUCGUGAAAUGCGGAUGCUUUUGCAGAUAUAAAAAGCAUUUUAUGGUACCUAGUGUGAAUGGAGUAAAAAUAGACUGCAUGUUUUUUCCAUGCACUAAUGAAAGUAAUCUGGAGAUUAGUAUUGAGAACCCAAAAGGAGAAUAUCUCUCAAAGCCAACGUUUAUUAUGUGCAAUCCAAAUGCUUUGAUAUAUUAAUAAAUGGUUACUUCACCAAACGCUUACUGGCUAAGUUUCUUUCUUAAAAGAGGCAUAAAUGUAAUGUGUUGGAAUUACAGAGGUUAUGGGAAAUCUUAAUAGAAAUGGUAUUCUUCAAGUAUUGACCCAUACACUUGCAAGUAAGAUGUUGAAAAAGUAUUAGAGUUUCUACUUCAAAAGUAAGUUAUUCUGAUCUUUAUUGUUAUUUUUGCAAGGUUAAAGGUAAGGGGAAAGAUAGGAGUCUAUGGCAGAUCGAUUGGAGGAAUAGCUUCUUGUCAUUUGGCUAAUAAGUAUCCAGCUAUUAUUGAAGCUGCAAUAAUUGACAGAACUCUCAAUGAACUUCUAAAUCUAUCAUAGCGAAGGUUGACUGGCUAAAUGACUUCUGCCUUGUUUAAGUUUAUAAGCUAUAAUUGGAAAGCUUUGAAUGAUCACAAUAUCAUCUAAAGCAAAUGCUUCAAGAUUAUUACAACUGAUCCCAGAGAUGAUGUGGUUGAGAAUUUCUCCUCUCUUCCAGUAGGUGUAGCAAUGAAAUUAGCUAAAUUACAGUAUAAAGAGGAUAAAUGGAGGCAACUCUUCAUGUGUUUUCAACUAAUAUAUGAUUGCGAAGAUUAACUUUACUCGAAUUUAGACGAGUCUUAGUUAUCAGAGUUAAACUUCAGGUUGAUUUAAAGUUUCAAAGACACCACCACUGCUUAUAAAUCACCAAGAGAAUCAAAUGAGAUUUAAGAGUAAUCAAUGAUUAAUACAAUGGAGAAUGAUGAGGAGACUUUGAUAAAGCAUAGUUAAAAGAUUAAGAAGCAUACAAAGAGUUAGUUAUAGAGUUAAUUGAGCUUAGGCUAUUUAAAAUAGCGAUUCAGAUAUAUGAAGAGGUUCCAAGAAAUACACCAAUAGUUACAUACUUUAAUGAUAAUGCUAGAUGAUAUUUAGGCUGGUCCAAUACCACUUAGAGAGUUGGUUAAUAAAUCUAGGAUAAGAUCUUUUAGAGAAUUUCAAAUCUUCCUCUAGACACUUGAAGUAUAUGGGGUUGGAUAUCCAGAUGAUAUAGACAGAGCAAAGUAUGCUAAUAGAGCAGUGAUCACUCAUUCACAGUAAACAAUCGAAUAAUUAAAACAGCUGAUUCAUGUUUAUCAAAAAUCAAUUAGUACUUUUAUCGAGCUUGACUUGGAGCAUUUUGAGGGGCAGAUUAGUUUCAAGAACAAUUUAGUAGUCUUUCUACAAUAUCAGAUAGAAUGCUUUAAUGAUCUAAUAGACAUUUAAAGCAAAAGAAGCCUCUUGAAUGAAAAUGACUUUGAUAAGAUAACAGAGGGACAUUUAGUACUUAUGAAGUGUGGCCACAGAGGCAAGCCAUCUCGAAUAGAAGAAAAACGGAUUUCAAGAUUACUGAGAAAGUCUGGGUUUAUACCCAUGCUCGAAGAGAUUCAAUAUUACAAGUAGGCAUCUCCCAGAGCCAAAGAAGAAAAUAAAAAUGAUAACUUUGAUUUCAAAUCACCUCCAAAGGAUCCAAAUAAUACCCCUGCCUAGUUAGACAUGAUCUAUGAAAAUGUUAGUUAAAAGGUGAAACUUAGUAUGGGUUAGCAUUCCAAAUUUCUAAAAAUGAAGACAGACAACCAUCUGAAUAACGUAGAUGAACUGGGCUCUUAAGAAAAUGAAAAGAACCACAAAGAGAGGAAAAGACUUUCUUAAAAUAACUAUCCAAUAACUUAGCAAUCAGAUGAUGAGCACCAAUCUCGAAUUGGAGGUAGCAUUCAUUUGUAAAAAGGAAUGAUUUUAGGCUAGAUUUCAGAUAAUGAGAAAAUUAUCAGAAAUUUGCCAGUGCUUUGA